CAGUGGCCGGGGCGGCCUCGGACACUAAGCGACCUACAGUGUAAACAAUACCUGAACAGCUGUUGACGCUGUGGCACUGUUAUUGAUUCGCAGUGAUGGGAAAUGCUGAUACCAAGUUACAUUUUAGGAAAGCAGUUGUGCAGCUCACAACAAAAACACAGCCUAUCGAUGCAUCUGAUGACUCCUUUUGGGAACAGUUCUGGGGCGAACACAUAACAACAGUACAGGAUGUGUUUGCUCUUAUACCUGCUGCUGAGAUCCGCUCCCUAAGAGAAGAGGCACCGUCCAAUCUUGCUACACUCUGCUAUAAAGCUGUAGAGAAGCUAGUGCGUGCUGCAGACACAGGAUGUUCUACCCAUCAGGAACAGCAGAUUGUGUUAAACUGCAUGCGAAUAUUGAUGAGAGUAAUCCCAUAUAUCUUUGAGGAUGCGGACUGGCGUGGGUUCUUCUGGUCCAGUUUACCAGCGGGAGGUGAAGAUGAAGGUACAGGAGAGAGUAUUCCACUAGCAAACAGCCUCAUUCAUGCAUUAUGCGAUCUGCUGUUCUGUCCGGACUUCACUGUAACAACAAACAAGAAAUCUGGACCAGAUAAACAUGAGGACCUACAGAGUAUUGACAGCUGUGAGUUCAUCUGGGAGGCAGGUGUUGGCUUUGCUCACUCUCCGCCACAUGUACCAACACACGACAUCAACCGCACUGAAAUUCUCAAACUUAUUCUUACCUGCUUCAGUCAGAGUAUAUAUCAGCCAUCUUCAGACUCAUCUGAUGCUCCAAACCGGUGGAUAUCAGUGUUCACUUCAGCAGACAACCGUCAUGCACUACCUUUGUUCACUUCGCUUCUCAACGUUGUGUGUGGCUACAACCCUGUAGGCUUUGGAGUUCCAUACAAUCACCUUCUCUUCUCUGACUCCAGAGAACCACUAGUGGAAGUGGCUCUGCAGAUUUUAAUAACAACAUUAGACCAUGACAUCACUGCUGCUUUAUCAGAGAUGGAAGAGUCUGCAGUGCCAGAUAACCUGUUCAUCAACUAUCUGAGUCGCAUCCACCGAGAAGAAGACUUCUCCUUCGUGCUUCGAGGUUUUACCCGCUUGCUAAAUAAUCCGCUUCAGCAGACCUAUCUUCCACAUUCCACCAAGAAAGUGAAUUUCCAUCAAGAGUUGAUGGUCUUCUUUUGGAAGUUCUGUGACUAUAACAAGAAAUUUUUGUUCUACGUUUUGAAAAGUAGUGAUGUGUUGGACAUCCUGGUUCCUAUACUGUACCAUCUCAAUGAUGCCCGUGCUGACCAGUCAAGAGUGGGACUAAUGCACAUAGGUGUUUUUAUCCUGCUGUUAUUGAGUGGUGAACGUAACUUCGGUGUGCGUCUUAACAAGCCCUACACAGCCUCUGUGCCCAUGGAUAUUCCAGUAUUUACAGGCACACAUGCAGACUUGAUGAUCAUUGUGUUCCACAAGAUCAUCACCACAGGUCACCAGCGUCUCCAGCCGCUCUUUGACUGCCUUCUUACCAUCCUUGUUAAUGUUUCACCAUACAUCAAGACAAUGUCUAUGGUAGCAGCCAACAAGCUGCUCCACUUGCUGGAGGCCUUCUCCACCCCAUGGUUCCUCUUCUCUGCUCCGCAUCACCACCACCUCGUGUUCUUCCUCCUGGAAACAUUCAACAACAUCAUACAGUAUCAGUUCGAUGGUAAGUAA